AUGUUUCUCCUGCUUUGGUCUCUUUUUCUAUGUUCGGUGGCUGCUCUCGACACAUCCCACGACAAUGACCUUAUAACAUAUGUGACGCUCUCACAGCACCGGGUCCUAAAAUGGAAUGUCACAUACUACGAUCGGCCCGGUUUCGAUGUCGCUCCGGGCUAUUGGUUUGUUGCACCAUACCAUCUCAACCAAGGCGAACCCAAAACAAACCGAUGGACGCCUUGCCAGAUCGGUCCUUAUAUUUUUGAUCAAAAAGGAGACCUUGUCUGGGCCGGCUCAUGCGAAUUCAACAACCAGAACGUCUAUGAUUUUCAAAUGGUGGACACAAUAGAUGACAAGCCGUAUCUAACUAUGCUUGUUCAAGAGCACUACGCCAAUCGAGAAAGUGACGGGUCCGCCGUCAUCUACAACAACGAAUACAAGCCUGUGAACAUCAUCCCAAGACCCGGAGCGGCAAUUGACAACCAUGAAUUCUACUUGAAGGAACCGCCAAAGGCGCUGCUAGUCACUCAUCGAAAUGACAAAAUGUCUCUAGCAGACUUCGGGCACCCCGAAAGGGAAAUGAGUGUCCGAACAAAUGGUUUCAUCGAACUAGACAUCAACACAGGAGAGUAUCUGUUCGAGUGGCAUUCAGCCGGCCAAAUAACCCUAGAUGAAUCAUUUGUCAUGAGCCCAUGGGAUCAAUACCCCGACACAGACUAUCUACACAUGAACUCAGUUGACAAAAACGAAAACGGCGACUAUCUCAUCUCCGCACGACACACAAACACUAUCUACCUAAUCUCUGGCGAAGACGGACACAUAAUCUGGCGACUCGGCGGCAAGAAGAGCAACUUCGAAAUGAACUUCACAUUCACCGGCCAACACAACGCCCGUUUCAUGUCCGUGAACGAAACCCACAUGACGAUUUCCUUCCUAGACAACGGCGCCAAUUUCCUCGUCGUGAACGAACCUACUUCCUCGGCUAUGUACAUCGAAGUCGAUCUUAAAACAAUGAAAGCCAAAGUGUUGAAUAGAUACCUCCGUCCAGAUGGCGGAAACAAUCCGUCACGGGGUAAUAUGCAAACCCUCCCUAACGGGAACGUCCUGGCUUCAUGGAGUUAUUACGGGUACAUGAGCGAGUUUACGCAUGAUGGCCAGCUACUCAUGGAUGCAAGCUUUGUCUCAGAGAGAUUCAGUACUUAUAGGGCAUAUAAGUAUCUUUGGACUAGUCGGCCCCCGUAUCCGCCAACGCUGGUUGCGUCGUGUUACGGUGUGAACGGGUCUGCUCUCUCGACUGUGUUCCACGUUAGCUGGAAUGGCGCUACAGAGGUUAGACAGUGGCGGUUCUUUGCGCGAGCGAAUGGAAUGUCUGUGGACAAGGAGAUUGGAUUGAUUUCAAAGAAUGGCUUUGAGAGCUCGUUCAUUGCUCGUGGGUAUAUGGAUUGGGUUUCUGUUCAGGCUUUGGAUUCUGCGGGGAACGUUAUUGGGGUUUCGACUGUGCUGAGGACUGAACCACCUGAGUAUUGGCCUGAUUCGGCUAUGACGCUGAUUCCGGAUGAUCCUGAUGCUAUGUUUGAGGAGGACUUGGCUGCUUCGUCGAAUGGGUCUAGUCCUUUUGUGGGAUUGUUCUUGGGAUUUGUGACUAGCACGAUUGGAUACAUCAUUUAUCCCAUGAUUCGUCGAUUUGCCCGAGUGGCUAGACGAAAGGAUGUAUACGAAGAAGAGCUUGGUCUUCUAAAGGAGAAGGUUUAG